UGCCAUGGUCUUGUAUUCCUGUCUGGUGGCACCUGCGACAGUGUCUGGAACUGAAUCUAUUGUUAUUUACCGGAUAUUCCAGUUUAGGCUUCUCCUGUCUUUUGUUCUCCUGAAAGAAGAAAGUCUGGUAACACAUUACACAUCGAAGUUUCAUCAUGAGUGUAAUCACAACUGGCGCCUUCCUGCUAUCAGUGUGUUUACUGGCGGCAUGCGAGGAACGAGUGGCGCCGACUCGAUGCAGCACAUCCGCUGACUGCGCCUCCAUCGAGUGCUGCGUGGCCGACGUCAUGCUGGACGGUCGCAAGAGGAUCGCCAUCGGGGGCUCGUGUAGACCGCUCGGUCACCUGUCUUCCGAGUGCUUGGUCAACAACAGACUCCCCAACACACGCCACAUGUACUACGAGAGCUGCCCAUGCGCAGAGGGUCUCACGUGCAAAGGCAAUGGGUUGAUCAACGUUCCGCUUGGGGAGGAGGGUUCCUGUAUCCAGGUGUGAACGCCGCGCUAGCCUGAUGUCUGAUGGCACUUAUAUAUAAAGACGGCGGCUACUGGACAUAGGCUUUUUUGUAGAGUAGGAGGAGGCUCGGGUACAGCCUACCCUAGCACUGACCUUGCCGUACGAGGUUGUCCCAGGCCGCUAACCCUCUCAUCAAGUCUCCGCCUGAACAGUUUGCGACGACACGGAAGCAGGAUUUAGAGCAGAAAAAAAAAGGAAGAUCGAUACCAAUCAUUGCACUCACACAUUUGACACCCAGUGAAUGGGCCUGCCGCUAGAUGUCGCUCUGUGGUCGUUAGCUGGCUGUGCAAGGGCUUGUGGGAAUCAAUUUGGCGGACUUGCAAGGCUGCAGCCUAAGCAGGAUCGGCACCAAGUCUGCAAUGCUGUCGUCGGCAGGAUGUGGUCAUCAGUGUUCAAGAAGCCACCUGUAAAGCAACAGGGAGGAGCUGCACGCGCAUAACAAACCCCGUCAAACCACUUGUUGAAGCGUUCUACCUUCCGCCGACCCCGAGCUCACCCAACAUAAGGUCUGCCCAGUCUGCUGACACCACACUUCGAACAUGACGACAGUUCACAUGACCGACCCUGGAGGCAGUUCUCUGACCCUGCUGCAGUUUAAAGGCUUUAACUUCCCGACUUUUGACCCCGUCGCUCUCGAAAAUCUCGAGACUUUUGAGUUCAGGGAUGAUGAUGUUCUCAUCAGUGCUUUCCCGAAGGCUGGAACGCACUGGCUUUGGGAGAUUGCGCGCAUGCUUGUUGCUGGAAACGCCGAGCUUCCGGUCUUGGAAAAGGACGAUUUCAUGAUAGAGUUCAAUCCUUCGAAGGAAUACUUCAACAGCAUGCCAUCUCCAAGAAUUCUUAACACUCACGUGCUCUACCGCCAUCUUCCAGGACUUCACAACCGGAAGUGCAAGAUCAUCUACGUGACUAGAGAUCCGCGUGACGUAGCGGUGUCAUUUUACAACCACCACCGGAAGCUGACCAGUUACUACCACUACGAUGGAACAUGGGAUAAUUAUUUCGAGCUCUUCAUCAACGGCAACGUUGAUUACGGUUGCUGCUUGGACCACAUGAGAGACUGGGAAGACGUCAUCGCCGCCCACCCAGAACUCAACAUCCUUGUGACGUCAUACGAGGACUUACAAGAGAACCCAGUUAAGGAGAUAACACGACUGGCAGAAUUUUUGGGCAAGAGUUACGAGCCAUCGUUCAUCGAAACCGUGCGCGCGAAAUGCAGCUUUGACAGCAUGCGCGACCGAAAAGGGAAUAUGGACGCAACGUCAUAUGGCGAGGCCAUCAUGUAUCGCAAAGGCAAAUCGGGCGACUGGCGCAACUGGUUCAACGAUGACCAAGCUAAACGUAUGGACGAGAAAUUUCGUGAAAAAAUGGAUGGCAGUCAACUCAAUGUCCGUUAUUCAUUCACAACACAGUCGCGGAGUGAGUAAAAUAUUUACAGAGAAAGAAGAACACUGGGACCAAAACUAGGAUUUAGUGUCCUAGUCAGUGUGGAUGUUUAUUCUUCUGGGUGUUUGGUUUUUUUUUUCCUUCCAUUUUUCCGUUGUGCGUGCGGAUUAAGUUUCUAUUGCUUCCUACUUUUGAAAAUGACGCUUGACAGACAAGGAAAGGCUUAUCCAAGAAUAAAAUUAAUCUUUGGCUUACAAAUUAGCAGUGUUUCUGUUAUUAGUUUGUUACCAACAUGGAUUGCUUACGUUUCUUCUUCUGAGACUGAUGUCACUGAUGGAUGAAUCAAAUGUGAGAGCUUUGAGUAAAUGGUAAUGAGAUUAUUUAAUCUUAUUUAAUCAGGGAGCUGCCAUUCGUGACAUCACUUUCCAAAACCCAUAGAAUGGAGACAAAAGCUAUUAGUUGUCAGUGCAAAGAGGCAUUUUGAACCUUUGUAACAAUCCUAAACAAAACUUGACUGAGGUGUGCGUGCAGGGAGUGAGUGCUGAUUUAUGCAUGUCCAUAUCACUGCUUUAAUGUUGAAGGAGGUCACUGUUAUGCUGUGUAUGUAUACAAUAAUUUAUGAUCAAAAUUUACUGUUUUUACAAUAAACUGUCAGGAAACUUUAAUAUAUUCCUCUGAGAUAAACGAGAUGUCCAUUCAGAAAGUCUUGACUCCACUCCCAAAUACACAAAGAUGAUAGUCAUCUCCCUUCUGCACAAAUAAAA